UGUGUGAAUUGAUGAAACAAUAAGAAAAUAACCACAUAACUUGUAAUGUCACUCAUGAGGCAGUCAAGUAGCUUGAUUUGCUGACCCCGGUCCAGUCCUGCCAAACUUCACCGACACUGGGAACACACGGCGGUCUAUUUGCUACUGUCUGUCAGCGAUGGAGCGGAAAGUAGCACGGGAAUUUAGGCACAAGGUGGAGUUGCUGAUUGAAAAUGAAGCAGAGAAGGAUUACCUGUAUGAUGUCCUCCGCAUGUAUCACCAGUCAAUGGAUUUGACAGUGCUGGUUGGAGACCUUAAGCUGGUCAUCAAUGAACCAAAGCGCCUGCCCUUAUUUGACGCCAUCCGACCUCUCAUCCCACUCAAACACCAGGUGGAGUACGACCUGCUCACGCCCAAGAGGUCACGGAAGCUGAAAGAGGUGCGUUUGGAUCGGACACAUCGUGAUGGACUGGGUCUGAGUGUCAGAGGUGGGCUGGAGUUUGGCUGUGGUCUCUAUAUAUCACAGAUUGUCAAAGACGGUCAGGCUGGGAAUGUUGGCCUUCAGGUUGGAGAUGAGAUUGUGCGCAUCAAUGGAUACUCCAUCUCCUCCUGCAUCCACGAGGAGGUCAUCAGUCUCAUCAAGACAAAGAAAAUUGUAUCACUCAAAGUCAGGCAUGUGGGGAUGAUCCCAGUGAAAAGCUCAUCAGACGAACCCCUCAAGUGGCAGUUUGUCGACCAGUUUGUGUCUGAGUCAGGGGAGAAAAAAAGCAGUGUUGCAGGCCUGGCGUCCAUUGGAGGCAAAGAAAUCAAGGAGAAGAAGGUUUUCCUCAGCCUGGUGGGCACCAAGGGUAUGGGCAUCAGCAUCUCCAGUGGUCCAACCCAGAAGCCCGGUAUCUACAUCAGUAACGUCAAGCCAGGCACCCUCUCUGCAGAAGUUGGACUUGAGGUUGGAGACCAGAUUGUGGAGGUGAACGGGGUGGAUUUCACCAAUGCGGACCACAAAGAGGCGGUGAGAGUCCUGAAGAGCAGCAGGAGUCUGACUAUUACUGUUCUCACAGGAGCUGGCAGCGAGCUGUUCAUGACAGAUGAGGAGCGUCUGGCAGUGGAGGCCCGCAGGGAGCUGGAGAGGCAGGAGCUGAUGCACCAGAAGAGGGUGGCACUAGAGACCAACAAAAUCAUUAAAGAGCAGCAGGAGAAGGAGAAGCAGAGGAAGAUGGAGAUCUCUCAGAAGGCUGCGGAGGAAGAGGAGCGCUAUAAAAAAGAGAUGGAGAGAAUUGAGACGAUGGAGAGGAAGCACAACAGAGAGUGGGAGGAGGACUGGGGAGCCAAAGACAGGCCCAAGAGCCCUAAGAGCCCCCGCACUCCAAAGAGCCCAUCACCCGCCCCACCUGAGACAAAACCCCACAAGGCCAAGAGUUCUCCAUUUGGCUGGUUUUACCGAUAUGAGGGGAAACUGCCGUCAAUCCGCAAGAAAGGAGAAAAGAAGAAGAAAAAGAAGAAAGUGUCCAACACGGACACACUGCAGGAGCAGAGAAAGAGCAAGAAGGAGAUGGAGUUUGAGCUGAAACUCGCCAAAGAGAAGGAAGAGAUGUAUGAGCGAGAGAAGCAGCUAAAGAUCAAUCGGCUGGUUCAGGAGGUCUCAGAGACGGAGAGAGAAGACCUCGAGGAGUCUGAGAAAGUGCAACACUGGGUGGAGCGUCUUUGUCAGACUCGGUUGGAGCAGAUAUCCUGUGUGGAGAAUGAAUCCCCAGAGCUCUCCCCGCCACGCUCUCCUGCCUCGGAGCCCAAGGUGAAGCGUUUCCCUGGUGGCCUCCACCUAGCCACCACUGAUCUGGACGACAUUAACCUGGAUGAGGUGGAUCAGAGCCUGAGGGGCCCUCUGAAGAAACUGGCCCCCACCCAGCCCACCACUAGCCAGCCUCCCCCUCCCUUGCCUCUACCUCCACCCUCCCCUAAGCUGAACCCCACAAUACCCAACUACUCCCCCCCCACCUCUCGAGCAUCCCCGCAGCGGCGGCCUCCGUCUCCACCCAGCGUCAGAAAACCUCCCUCUGCCCCGUCUACCUUGACCAACAAGGGGCGCAGGCCUCAUCCUCAGCCUCCCCAGCCCCCACCUUCCUCCCACUAUCCUCCUCCAUCUCAGUCGUCAUGGCCCCCAUCUUCCCCUCAGCCUGCUCCACGGCCUCCUCCGCCACCACCCCCUCCUCCGCCACCUCCUCCGCCUCCCCCUCCGCCGCCACCCCCACAACACUCGGAAGAAAGAGUAGGAACCCUCAGCGGGUACCGCCAGCAUCAUCACCAUCACCUCCAGCACCCUCCCAGUCCUCCAGAGCGCAGGAGUGAGUGGGAGGCAGGUGGCUAUCUCCCAAGAGGAGGAAUUUACUCCUCCAACACCAGUGAAAUGUCGUAUCCCUCCAGUCCAAAGGUAAUGAGAAAUACCUCCCAUGCCAGUCGAAUUUCUACUUCAAGCACCCCCUUGCAACUAGCUCCUAGUCCCCCCAACCAGAGGCGUCAGAUGGCCCCUGUCAUGUCCAAACCUGUCAUGCUGCCGCAGUCCCAGACCCACCGACCAGAUCCACUCAGACCUGCGCUCCGUUCUGAUGGCCUGCCUCCGGAAAUGCUGAAACGGAUGGUUCCUUUCAACUCAUCUUUUAAAUCAAACAACAAACGACAAGGAUUUCAGAAAUACGAGGAAGAUUUUGAUCCAUACUCCAUGUUCUCCGCGGACCAGAUCGAUGGCCGAGAUGUGAGACUGCUGAGAAUCAAAAAGACUGGACAGCUUGACCUCGCUCUGGAGGGAGGUGCAGACUCUCCGUUGGGAAAGCUGGUGAUAUCCUCUGUGUAUGAAGGUGGCGCUGCAGAUAAGCACGGUGGCAUCGUGCCCGGGGAUGAACUUAUGGCUGUGAAUGGGAAGAUCCUGAUCGAUGCCACGUUGACUGAGGGACAAAACUCUCUGGCUCGGGCCUGGCAUAGUGGAGGGGACUGGAUCGAUGUUGUGAUCGCUAUUUCCCCUCCGAAAGAAUAUGAAGAUGAAGUAACGUUCUUCUAGUCUCAUCAACAGCCUGCCAAGAAAACCACACUCAUUAAAAAGAAGAUUUUCAUUGCUGAUGAUGCCUUCAAGAUUCACACUGAAGCUGGUCUUUUGUUUUUACUCAAGGCUCUUUGACAAUUAAGCCUUGUCUCAUGUAUCAAGAUAUUGACGCCAUCCAUACAGCCAGUGCACAUCCUCGUUGUCUUGUCUUGUUAAAGGAUGAUCCAGUCAAUAUUGGGUUGUCCUCAGUAAUCUUCUUCACCUCUAUCAAGCCUGUACAUGGUUAAACUCAUUUAGCUUCGCACCACUAGAUUCACCAUGCUAAUUGUACCCUUCAGACUUGUGUCUCAUCUGUCAGUGUAACAAUAAAUGGUGAGGUGAAACAGGCAAGCUGUAAUCACAGCAUCUCUUUAAUCUGCCUUUUGUCACAGCCCAAUAACGGACUGCUCACACCAGCAUUACAUUACCAGGCUGGUGUUACGGUGGCAAAUAUAAAGUCUGGUUAAUGAUUUUCAUUGGGCAAACAGCGAACACUGUCAGCACUAAGUGGUAUUUUCAGGAAGAAGAGAGAGAAGAAGUUUUUUUUCUAUAGCAGUUUACAAAGCAAAACAUGAAUUAUACAUUAUGAUAAGUAAUUUCUCCUGCUGUUCAAUUUUUUUUCACAAUUUAUGACCUCUGUAGAACAUUUUGGGAGAGAUUAACUGUACAUAUAUGCACCAUACUGUAUGUCGGGGAGACUUGAGGAGGGAUUGAA